UUUGCGAAAAGAAAAUCUGUACCAGAGCUACUCAACUAACCCGGAACUUUAAUAUAAACGGAGUAAUUCUGAAAACGCACUUUACGGCUUUCGACCGUUUUCAUAGGUAGUUUAAUAGGUAGCUCGGACAUUUGUCUUGGAAUAGUAGGAUUUUUAAACCGGACUGUGCUCCCUCUGAGUGGAGAACAGACUGCUUCAAAUGUUCCUCGCUGCGAGGGCAACCGUUCCUACGGGAGAGAAACUUUCAACUUGCCUUUUCUAAUCAGCAACAGCCAUCGUUGUGGAGUCCAGAGGUGCCAAAAUGCCGCAGCAGAAAGACAUAGUGAAGAUAGCCAUCCAGAUGCCAGGGGCCUAUCCCCAGCUUAUACGACUGGACCAGAAAAAGCCACUGUCUGCUGUUAUUAAGGAGGUCUGUGAUGGCUGGAAUCUUCCAGGCCAUGAAAACUACGCCCUGCAGUAUGCCGAUGGAGUGCAGACAUACAUCACUGAAUCAAAUCGUUUGGACAUAAAGAACGGUUGCAUUCUGCGUCUGACCAAGGCCCCGGGGCGCUGUGCGGAGGACUUGUUCAAGGGCAUCCAAAGCUUGGACCUGGGCGUGCGAUGUGAUUCGUUGAAGCAACUGGCGAAUGUUGCCACAGACGUGACCUUCGCUCAAGAGUUCAUCAGCCGAGACGGACACAUCUUACUGGUCAAGAUAGUGGAAGAUUCUAAUGAGGGUGCUCUGAUCAUGACUCACACGCUGACGGCCUUUAUGGAGCUGAUGGAUCAUGGCAUAGUUUCUUGGGAAAAUCUCUCAUCAAUCUUCAUUGAGAAGAUCGCUAGUUUUGUCAACACCAAGGUGGCAGAUGCAUCCAUCCAGCAGGUGUGCUUAGACAUCCUGGAGAGUAUGGUCCCGAGCAGCCACAGCCUCUUCCUGCAGGUCAAACAAGUGGUUACCAUGGAGAGGCUAAUCACACACCUCCAGACGACCAAUCAGCAGAUCCAGACCAAAGCAAUGGCUCUACUCAUGGCUCUGCUGCAAACAGCAGGGGAUGCGGACAGACAGGAAAUGUUUGCAUACAUGAAUAAGAAAAAUCUCCGCCAGUACAUUUACAAGAACAUCAUCCACAGUUCUGGUUCAGUCCAGGACGAGAUGGCCCACUACCUCUAUGUCCUACAAUCAGUGACUUUGAAUCACCUGGAGCCACGAAUGAGGAUGCCGCUGGACUGUUACAGCCAGGAGCAGAGAGACAACCUUCACAUUCUGCGGCAGACCGCCUUUGAGACGGAGAGUGAAAACAGCCUGAACCACGAGAGACGACGUUCUCUCUGCGCCAAAGAGUUCAAGAAGUUGGGCUUCUCUAACAAUAGCAACCCUGGUCAGGACUUGAUACGAACGCCUCCUGGCCUUUUAGCUUUGGACACCAUGUUAUAUUUUGCUACUCGCAAUCCCGAUGCAUACAGCAGGUUUGUUCUAGAGAACAGCAGCAGGGAGGACAAGCACGAGUGUCCGUUCGCUCGGAGUAGCAUCCAGCUUACUUUAAUCUUGUGUGAAAUCCUCCGCAUCGGCGAGCCCCCCUCAGAGACAGGAUCCGACUACCACCCUGUCUUCUUCAGUCAGGACCGACUCCUGGAGGAGCUCUUUUGUGUGUGCAUCCAGCUGCUCAACAAAACCUGGAAGGAGAUGAGAGCCACACAGGAGGACUUUGACAAGGUCAUGCAGGUGGUGAGGGAGCAGAUCACGCGCACACUCUCCACCAAGCCCACCUCUCUGGACCUCUUCAAGAACAAAGUCAACGCUCUGAACUACAGCGAGAUCCUCAAACUGAGACAGACGGAACGAUUGCACCAGGAAGAGACGCUGGCGGCGCCCGUACUGGAACUGAAAGAGCGUCUGAAGCCCGAGCUGCUGGAGUUGAUCCGCCAACAAAGACUCCACCGGCUGUGCCAAGGAACCAUGUUCAGGAAGAUCAGCAGCCGGCGCAGACAAGACAAACUGUGGUACUGCCGCUUGUCACCCAAUCACAAGAUGCUGCACUACGGAGACGUGGAGGACGACGCGGAGAACCCCCCCAUUGAGAGCCUGCAGGAGAAGAUUCCAGUGGCGGACAUCAAAGCUGUGCUGACGGGCAAAGACUGUCCUCACAUGAAGGAGAACAAAGGCAAACAGAACAAGGAGGUGUUGGACUUGGCCUUCAGCAUCACGUACGACGUGGAGUACAGCCUCAACUUCAUCGCACCUUCCAGAACUGACUUCUGCCUGUGGACAGACGGACUCAACGUCCUCCUGGGCCGAGACAUGAGCAGCCAGUCCAUGCGCAGCGAGCUGGACAUCCUCCUCUCCAUGGAGAUCAAGCUCCGCCUCCUGGAUUUAGAGAACGUCCCCAUCCCCGAGAGUGCGCCCGUCGUGCCCAAACCACCCAGCAACUACAACUUCUGCUACGACUUCAGCCAAACGGAGCAGUAAAGUGUGUGUGUGUGUGUGUAAAUAUACUGUGUGUGUGUGUGUGUGUGGGAUGUGACCAAUGCAUUCAUGUUUUGUUUUUUUACAACAUAAAUCAUGGUGAUUCUUUUCGAAUCACACAUGUCAACAACACCCAUCGCUUGACUGAAAGCAUAAAGUGCAAUUUUGCUUUAAUAAUCUGCUGCAUAUUUGUUGUCCGACCUGACAUUACAGAAGCACCACCAAAAACUGUUGUUUUUUUUAAUGAUUGUACUGUUUUACCAAUAAUAAUCUGUGUGAUAGAUGGACUAUUCCUGCGUGAACACUUGAGGCUAAAGACUGCCUUAAAAAAUGUUAUCUUACCAAGGUGGAGCUUAAAAUCAGCCUUUUUAGGACUUACGGUACAAUGAAAAUAAUCAUACACCGUGUGCAAAUCACUUGUAAAUGUUAUGGUACAAAUGAUGUACUGUAUUUUAAACAUGAUGAUAGAUACGUCUGUCUCGUUCUUCCCAACAUCUUUUAAUGCCAACACCUUACACGAUGAAAUGAGUUCACACCAACUAGUUAAAUACAAAAAAACUUUUAUAUCAGAUUUUUCAGUCAGUCAUGGCAAAUUGUGUCAGAAAUUAGAUUUCUCUAUGCCCUGACAACGGAGACUUUGGACGUUAUUUUGUGUGUUUGUACAAAGAUCUGUUAAAAACUAAAAAAUUGUCAAAAAUAAAUCCAGGUACAAUUUCCAGAUCUCUUUAGUUUUACUGGAGUCCAGCUUCCUUUGUCAUUUUUUAAAAACAGUAUUUUUACACAGUAGCAUAUUGAAAUGUUUGUGAUUGUCUGUCAUAUUGAUAAAACUUAAUUUGUGUCAACAUAAAUGCA